AUGUCUAUGAAUAUACUGAUUUUGGGUAACGGUGGUCGUGAACAUGCAUUAACCUGGAAACUAGCCCAGUCUGCUUCAGUAGCAAAAAUAUAUGUGGCACCAGGUAAUGGUGGUACUGCUUCUGUUGACGAAAAAGUUAUUAACGUUCCAUCACUGAGUCCUUCAAAAAGCCAAUUUGAGGAAUUGAAGAAGUUCGCUUUGGAGCACGAGAUUGCACUUGUGGUUCCCGGUCCAGAACAACCUUUGGUGGAUGGUAUAACCGAAGUUUUUAACAAGAUUGGUAUCCCAGUUUUCGGGCCAUCGCCUGCUGCCGCUGUGUUCGAAGGUUCGAAGACCUUUUCCAAGGACUUCAUGGCCAAGCACAACAUCCCCACUGCCCGUUAUGCUAACUUUUCUAACUACGAAGAGGCUCUUGAACACCUAAAGACAGUUGACUACAGGGUGGUCAUCAAAGCUGACGGUAUUGCCGCAGGUAAGGGUGUUUUGAUUCCAACCACUGAUGAAGAAGCCAAGGAAGCUUUGCAGACUAUUAUGGUCGAUAAGCAGUUUGGUUCAGCUGGUGACUCUGUUGUUAUUGAAGAAUUUUUGGAGGGUGAUGAGAUUUCUAUUUUAACUAUCUCUGACGGUUACUCCUACUUCAACUUGCCUCCUGCUCAGGACCACAAGAGAAUUGGUGAAAAUGAUACUGGAUUGAAUACUGGUGGUAUGGGAACUUACGCUCCAGCUCCUGCUGCCACUCCAAAACUGAUGUCCAUUAUAGAUGAACAGGUCAUUAAGCCUUCUAUUGACGGUAUGAGAAAAGACAGCCGUCCAUUUGUUGGUGUCCUCUUUACCGGUAUUGUGCUAACAAAAGACGGACCUAAGGUGUUAGAGUAUAAUGUAAGAUUUGGAGAUCCUGAAACCCAAUCUGUUUUACCUUUGUUAACAGAUGACACUGACUUGGCUCAAGUAUUCUUAGCUGCUGCUGAACACAGAUUAGACUCUGUAAAGAUUGGUAUCAAAGAAAACACAUUUGGAGCAACGGUUGUAUUAGCUGCUGGUGGUUAUCCUGAGUCUUACAGAAAAGGUGAUGUAAUUAAUUUAGACAUCUCAAAGUUACCUAAGGACAGCUAUAUUUUCCAUGCAGGUACCAAGUUAGAAAAUGGGGUGCUUUACACUGCUGGUGGUAGAGUAAUUGCUGCUUCUGCUGCUGCUUCUACUUUGAAGGGUGCUGUUGACAAGGCAUACGAGGCUGUUGAAUGCAUUAAAUUCAACGACAGGUACUUUAGAAGAGACAUUGCUCACCGGGCUUUUGCUAAGAAGGCUACUUCUGAAGCUCUCACAUAUGCAGAUGCCGGAGUCUCUAUUGAAAACGGUAACUUGCUUGUAGAAACGAUUAAGGCUAAAGUUAAGUCUACUAGAAGGCCUGGUGCCGAUUCUGAUAUUGGUGGUUUCGGUGGUUUGUUUGAUUUGGCAGCCGCUGGAUACAAUAAGGACGAAACAUUGCUAGUUGCCGCAACUGAUGGUGUGGGAACCAAGUUGAUGAUUGCACAAGAGACUAACAUUCAUGAUACAGUUGGUAUUGACUUGGUUGCAAUGAACGUCAACGAUUUGGUUGUUCAAGGUGCUGAACCACUGUUGUUCCUUGAUUACUUUGCUACUGGUGCAUUGGACAUUAAAACAGCAGCUGACUUUGUUUCUGGUGUUGCCGAUGGGUGUAUCCAAGCAGGUUGUGCCCUAGUUGGAGGUGAAACAUCUGAAAUGCCAGGUAUGUAUCCUCCAGGACACUACGACACCAAUGGUACAGCUGUUGGUGCUGUUACCAAGAAUGCCAUUCUACCAAAGAUUACAGCAAUGAGCAGUGGAGACGUACUAUUGGGGUUGGCCUCAAACGGCAUACACUCCAAUGGUUACUCUUUGGUCAGAAAGAUUGUAGAGCAUGUCAAUCUACCCUGGGAUGCUCCAUGUCCAUGGGACAAUUCUUUGACUUUAGGCCAAGGGGUUCUGAUCCCAACCAGAAUCUAUGUGAAACAACUACUGCCUUCAGUCAGAGAAAACCUAGUCUUGGGUUUAGCGCACAUUACCGGUGGUGGUCUUGUGGAGAAUGUCCCACGUGCAUUACCAAGUCAUCUACAGGCCAAGAUUGACAUCCAAACCUGGGAACUACCUGCUGUCUUCCAGUGGUUAGGCAAAGCCGGAAAUGUUCCAAUCGAAGACAUGUUGAAGACCUUCAACAUGGGUAUCGGUAUGGUUGCAAUUGUUAAGAAAGAGAAUGUUGCAAGAGCCAAGCAACUCAUGGAAGAGGCUGGUGAAACCGUUUACCAGAUUGGUACAUUGAUCGACAGACCCGCCAACGCGCCAGGCUGUGUUGUUGAGAAUGCUACCAAUCUUUAUUAA